UUUUGAUCAGCGCGUGAAUCUUAUUUGCUUUAUUCACGCAUUUCUCGAGCUAACAAACCCUUUCUGUCUGUAUGAUCGCUCGGCUUGUUUGAUGUCAGUUUGGUUCUCUGUCAGUGCUGUAGAUGCAGGGGUCAUGGUGCUCAACCUGUGCUCGCCUCACUUUCAGACCGACGUUCAAUGCAACAAGCUGUGUGCUGACGGUUACGAUGUCUCCAACCUUGUCUCCGCGGAUCCGAUCGCACGCCGGAGGGGUUUCAAGCUGGAAUACUUCCUCCGGCCUCCAGUCCACGUCACACUGAGCUUCCAGGUCAAGAUGGAGUUGUGUCGGCUGGACGUCGAGCUUUGGCCGUGGGGAAUGGAUCAGGGACGAACCUCGCGAAGGCUGGAGAUCCUGACAUGUUCGGAGCGAGACGCCGAUCGGUUCGAACUCGUGUCUCGUUGUGAUUUGCAAGAGGAGCUGCAGGUGUGUUUCCUCAACCCUGGUUUUAAACCUCGAGCGCCGUUUUCCGAUGCUCCGCCGCAGACGCCGGAUUGUGCGAGAACGCAGGAGCUUUGGAGGCGCGGGUCGCUCGGAUCAGUCGCGCAGCUCAGAGUCAGUAUUCCUUACAGCGGCGCAGCAUCGGCGCUCGGGAUCAAAACCCUCGCCAUCUGGGCUUUGCCUUCUCGCUGCUGUCCUGCAUCAGAACUGGAGAAGAUUUGGGACGCGCAUCUAAACAGCUUGAAUAAAACAGUCCACUUGGCGGUCGUACCUCCCAAACUAGAUCCCGUCCCAAACGACAUCCCAAUUCCCGAGGAGUUUCUCGAUCCCUUAACACAAGAGCUCAUGGUUUUCCCAAUGAUCUUGCCCAGUGGAAUGGUGAUCGAUAACAGCACGUUGGAAGAGUACCAGAAGAGAGAAGCCACAUGGGGCCGUUUGCCCAACGACCCGUUCACCGGCGUCCCUUUUACACAGAACGCAAAACCAAUUCCAAACCCUCUGCUCAAAGGCCGCAUUGACCGCAUGGCUCUACAGACGGGAUGCACCGGAGUCAGGAGCAGGAAUAACAUUACAGCCAAACCACAGCCAUCCAGACUCACAGUGGAGCCCAAUAAUUCAGUCUCAGACUCUCGUACAAACUGUGAUCAAACAGACACUUCACAAGCACAGUCCUUCGCAUCGGCUUCAGAGUCUAAAACUGGACCGACACAGAGCCAUUCUGCUAAAAGGAAGUACGACUGCAGUUUUCCUUCCACCAGCAAUGAUCCUGGUCAAAGGAAAGCGUCCGAAACUCCCUCAGAGCUGGACUCACACGAGCGGCGGUUAGCCGACAGUUUAGACGAGGCUCUGACCGCUGCUCUUCACGGGUUGCCCGUGUUCACCUCGCCGAGCGAAACCACUUCCUGUGUCCCUUCCUCUGCUGGGCACACGUGUGUGUUCUGCUCUUGUUCUCUGACGGUUUACUCGUCGAGCGUGGCGUCGUACUCUCUGCCCUGCGCUCAUCUCAUGUGUGGAGCGUGUUUGAGGAAGAAACAUCCGUCUGAUUCUCGGAGACUGGAGAUCGAAUGCCCAGCGUGCGGCACGAAGGCCUCCAGCAGAGACGUCACUCGAGUGCAUCACUGAACACGUUCAUCAUGGCAGAUUUUGUGUAUAGUUUUCAUUAAAGUUUGUGAAAAAGGA